AUGGCCGUCUUCAGACGACUGUGCCACUUUCGAAAGGUGAAAUUUCUUGAAUUUUACCUCACAGAAACCUGCUGUGGGUGCCACGUUGACAAAAAACAAUUUGGAACGAGAGAGGCCAAGUCACCAGACCUUCUUUGGGAAGAUUAUGCGCGGCUUAAGGAUGCAGUACAAGCUCAGCCUCACCCUGCUCCCAUCAACCCAGACUCUAUAUUCACCAACAAUGAGCUGGACCUGGCUGACAUGGAUGUGUAUGGCUUUGACUAUGAUUACACAUUAGCUUCCUACAAGGAGUCGUUACAUCAUUUGCUGUACUCCCUGGGGACAGAGGCACUGGUCACAGGGUACAAGUAUCCCGCUGCCAUCAAAAGUAUGAAGUAUGACCCACAGUUUGCAGUGAGGGGACUGCACUUUGAUGUCCACAAGGGUUUCCUCAUGAAAAUAGAUGCUUUUCAUAACAUCCAGUUGGGUACAGUUUACAAGGGUUUGGAGCCAGUACCUGAUGAGGAGGUUAUUGAGCAAUAUCAGGGCACCCAUGUCCCUGUGGAUAACAUGAGUGGCUUCCACGGCACUGGAGGAAAUAUGGUGCAGCUUAUGGACAUGUUUGCCCUGCCGGAAAUCACCCUCAUGUCCAAUGUUAUUCAGUAUUUUAUUGAACACAGUAUUGCCUUUGAUCCUGGCUAUGUAUUCUAUGAUGUGAAGACUGCUGUGCAAAAUGUCCAUAAAUCGGGAGAACUCCACGCCAGUAUUAUGGAUGACCUACCCAAGUACCUUGAGAAGGAAGCGGAGGUUUCCCAGUUGAUGAACAAACUGUCAUCUGCUGGGAAGAAGCUUCUACUCAUCACCAACAGUGGAUAUGCUUUUUAUCCAGCUGCCAUCAAAAGUAUGAAGUAUGACCCACAGUUUGCAGUGAGGGGACUGCACUUUGAUGUCCACAAGGGUUUCCUCAUGAAAAUAGAUGCUUUUCAUAACAUCCAGUUGGGUACAGUUUACAGGGGUUUGGAGCCAGUACCUGAUGAGGAGGUUAUUGAGCAAUAUCAGGGCACCCACGUCCCUGUGGAUAACAUGAGUGGCUUCCACGGCACUGGAGGAAAUAUGGUGCAGCUUAUGGACAUGUUUGCCCUGCCUGAAAUCACCCUCAUGUCCAAUGUUAUUCAGUAUUUUAUUGAACACAGUAUUGCCUUUGAUCCUGGCUAUGUAUUCUAUGAUGUAAAGACUGCUGUGCAAAAUGUUCAUAAAUCUGGAGAACUCCAUGCCAGUAUUAUGUCUGACCUUCCCAUGUACCUUGAGAAGGAAGCAGAAGUGUCCCAGUUGAUGAACAAACUGUCAUCUGCUGGGAAGAAGCUUCUACUCAUUACCAACAGUGGAUAUGCUUUUGUAGACAAGGGGAUGAGCUAUAUGCUGGGCAGUGACUGGAGUGACAUGUUUGAUGUCAUCAUUACUAGAGCCAGAAAACCACAGUUCUUCAGACCCAAGAGACCAUUCCGAAGUUUUGACAGAACCCUGGGGACACAGUCCUGGGGAAGAGUGACAAGUUUUGAAAAAGGACAAAUAUAUCAGGAGGGCAAUAUGGAUGACCUUCAGAAAAUUACUGGCUGGCACGGUGCUAAGAUGCUAUACUUUGGGGAUCAUGUCUACACAGAUUUGGCCGAUGCUACUCUCAGUAUGGGCUGGAGAACUGGUGCAAUUAUCCCAGAAUUAGAGGGAGAGAUAAAAAAUUUCAACUCAGAAGAAUUCACGAAUGCAGUGACGUGGUUGUCUUCACUACAAGACUUGAUAGAAAAAAGUCAGGUGCUCCAUGACAGUCCUGAAGCUGAGGCCGUGAGACAAGAGUGGCUGAAAGAACGCGAUCAACUCCGAGUUGCAACCAAGGAGGUGUUCAACCCACGGUUCGGCAGUCUGUUUCGUACCUACCACAACCCCACCUAUUUCUCUCGCCGUCUCUCACGCUUUGCAGACAUCUACAUGUCCUCUCUCACCAACUUGUUAAACUACAAGUUAACUCACACGUUCUAUCCCCGGAGGGCUGCAUUGCCACAUGAGGUGCACUAUGGAUCAGGACUAGAUGGCUGCUCAAUGUGUAGAUGAGGGGUGAUCUUUACGGUAAUCUCUCUAGAAUAUCAAACACCACACUUAUUCGCGAUCGGGACCGCCCUCUUCACAAAAUGAGUUCAGGCUGAAAGUUGGUUUU